AUGAUAUCUGAAAGGGUGGUGAGGAAUAAGGAGGUGGACUCAAAGGGUGUCGAUUCUGCUCCAGGGAAUGAUUAUUUGAUCAAUGAAUACAUUGUGGUACUGUGUGGAGCUACAACCAGGACCAGAGUUGAGAGAGCAAGAAAGGGUCUGACUUGUAAUGCUUGGUUCGGUCUUGGAGUGCCUGAGCUGGUUGUUAUUGCUGGAGAUGCAGCUCUGGUUUUUGGGCCCAAGAAGUUGCCUGAAGUAGGAAAGAGUAUUGGCAAGACUGUCAAGAGCUUCCAACAGGAUGCUCCUCUAAUCGAACAAUCUCCAACUCUUCCCAAAUCAUCAACCAAGAAGGUUAUAAGUUUUAUCUUGGAGUUCUUGGACUUUUUUGUGUACAGAGAACUACGGAAGAACAAUCGCAUUUUUUGCAAGUGUUGAAAGAUAUUUUUAAACACUUUAGAAUUUUAAUUAUAGUAUUAGAUUAAUUUUAGCGGUUGUUUUAUUUAAAUGACCACAACUUUUUUUUGUUAAUUUUAAGAUGGUGGUUAUAGACAAUGUUAUGUAUUUAAUAAUAUAUUUCUAUGUUAAUAUUACGUUAGUUUUAAGACA